UCAUUCUGUUUUCCAUGUGUGUAGUAUUCAAAAAGAGAAAGCAAGAUUAGAUGUAGUAGUGUGUAGUAUUCAAAAAGAGAAAGCAAGCCAGGCAAGAAGAAAGAAGAAUGGCUUAUUAGAAUUUUUAUCUUUACUUUGUACUAUUAUCUGCAAUAAAAAAAUAAUGAUGGAUGCAGCAGAGAAGCAUGAAUUGAUUGACUCCAUUACUGAUCCUAAAGUCGUAUCUCCUAGUAGGGUUUCCAUAGAAGGAAUACAAUUACAAAAGACGGUUACAAUUUUAGGUGGUGUGGGAAUAAUAGUUGGAAGCAUUAUUGGUAGCGGAAUAUUUUUAUCACCAAAAGGAGUUCUAACAUACACUGGAUCUCUUGGUUUAUCACUUGUUGUUUGGGUAUUAUGUGGUAUUAUAGCUCUAUUUGGAGCUCUAUGUUAUGCUGAAUUGGGGACUGCAAUACCAAAGUCUGGGGCAGAAUAUGCUUAUCUUUUUGAAGCCUUUGGUCCUAUACCAGCAUUUCUUUUUUCAUGGACUGGGACUCUCGUCAUUCGUCCAUCUGCUGCUGCUAUUAUUUCAAUGAUUUUUGCAGAGUAUGUAGCUCGCCCAUUUUACAAUGAUGAUCAAGAAGUCCCUGUUAUGGUUAUUAAAUUGCUGGCAUUUUUUUGCAUCGCCAUAAUUACAAGCAUAAACUGUGUUAGCGUCCGAUGGGCUGUUAUUAUACAAAAUGUGUUUACAUAUGCGAAGUUGACAUGUGUUAUGAUUUUAAUUGUUAUUGGAUUCAUCGAACUCGGAAAAGGUAAUACUGCUAAUUUUAAAAAUUCUUUUAACGACACUACCAGUGAUAUUCGACACAUCAGCUUUGCAUUUUAUUCUGGACUUUGGGCAUAUGAUGGAUGGAACACUUUAAAUUAUGUAACCGAAGAAAUGAAAAAUCCAGGGAGAGAUAUGCCAAUUGCAAUAAUUAUAUCAAUGGUAAUGGUUAUUGGAUGUUACGUGUUGUGUAACAUAGCUUAUAUUAGUGUACUUGGCAAGGCUGGUAUUCUGAAAUCGCCUGCUGUUGCUCUGGAACUUGGUAAUAUUUACUUAGGAGCUGGAAAGUUUAUUAUUCCGAUUCUAGUUGGGUUGUCAUGUUUUGGUGCUGUGAACGGGUUAGCUUUCAGUAGUGGUAGGCUUGUAUACGUUGCUGCAAGAAACGGCCACAUGCCCAGAGUAUUGUCGAUGGUCCAUGUUAAGAGACAGACACCCUUACCAUCACUGUUAUUUUUAGCCUUGAUAUCACUUAUUAUGUUGAUCCCAGACACAGCUGAAUUUGGAACACUGAUUGACUUUUUCAGUUUUGCAUCCUGGCUUUUCUAUGGCGCUUGUUUUGUUGCGUUAAUAUACCUACGUUUCAAACGAAAAGACAUGGAAAGACCUUACAAGGUUUUUUUACCCAUUCCGUUUAUUAUGAUACUCUUCUCCAUCUUUCUCACUGUCAUACCAAUCACAGAUAAACCUAAAGGAAGCGCAAUUGCACUCGCUAUGAUAUUAGCUGGGCUGCCAGCAUAUCUCUUGUUUGUUCAUCUCGAUGUUCUGCAAUAUCUACCAAAUUCUUGCAAAGGCUGCAUUGAGUCCUGUUUUUAUUCGAUACAAAAGGCUGUUGGUUUAGCUUUUCCUGAUAACGAAGUUCCUGUUCCUGAUUGAUAGGGAGCUAUCGCAGUGCGCUAUAUUUUAACUAGGAGGAUUCUAUCCAACUAUUUAUUAGCUACCCAUUAUUAGUGCUGGUGGAAUCUUUAGGUAAUAUUAGAUUUAUGAGAAAAAUUAUCAUAGAGAUUUUUGACGGACCUUCUCGCUGUAUAAAUAUGUUCUGUAAUUGUUCAGAUUCAAACAUUUAAACGCGCGAAUAUUUAAACUGGCGUGUGAGAUACAGUAUUAUGCCGAUGAGUCGAUAUUUCAAUAACCGGAACUUCCAAUAACUCGAUUUAUUUUUAGAAAUUCUCCCGAGAAUUAAUUGAUAACCUUAACCGCCGAUCACUCCAACAUUCGCUUCUUCGAGUUAUUUAGCGGUCGCUUGAGGUAAACGACUCGCGAUAAUUUAACCUCCAAAGAAAAUAUGUAGCAAAAAUUUAAAAAAGUGGCUGCUUCUCUUUUCCAAAAAUAAAUUGUUUAUUUAAGUUAUCGGGAGUAUGUUGUAUACUGAGAUAUGGUUUUAAGUAAAUAUUUACCUGGUUCCCAAGAAAAUAUUUUCCAUAUGUACAGCCCCUUAAUAUUAAAAAUAUUAGUCUUUUUUUUUCUUAUCAUAAUAAUAUAUCAGGGGGUAGGUAGUAUAUAAUAAGUAUUCUACUUUCAUUUUCAUAUCUAACGGUAUGCCAGUAACAAAAAAAUCACAAAUUUCGAAAGAUUAAAAUGAUUUUUCCUAAAAUAUAUUUAUCCCUGUUUUGCGCUCAACCAUUUAUUUAUUUUUAUUUUUUAUUAUAUAUAUAUUAUAUAAUAUGUUAUUAUUAUUAUUUUUUUUCUUUUGGCAGCAAAAAAAUUAGUAAUAAAACCAGUGUUAAUUUUUUGUUUUUCAUAUGUUAUUAAAAAAUCUUGUUGCAGCUGCCGCUGAAUCUAUAUUAACUAUAUUAUAUCACUAUAUUUUUCUUAUAUUUAUUCAGUUCAUCUUUAUUGUAAAAUAAAUUUACAUAUUCCUUGAUUAACAUUUGAUUUUCUAAUUAGCCUGUAUCCAGCCUUUAUUCUGAUUGAUAACU